AUUAAACAACUUUAGUUCGUGCUAAACAUCAAACUAAUUAAUCAAUAAUAAGACCCUGCCUGGAAGAGUGUAGCGGCGUCCUGGCCGCGCCUCCCGCUUUUAUACACCAGCCCUGCUCAAGAGUUCAGGGUUCAUCACAGUUACAACUUGAAGAUGGCCGCUGAACUAACACGGGGAUGGAGCGAUGAGCAACUCAAAAGUGACGAUCUCGCCAAGAAAGACAUUAUAAAAUUCUUACAAGACCAUGGCGCCGACUCGUUUCUUGCAGAGCACAAGCUUAUGGGAAACAUCAAGAACGUUUCCAAGACCGCCAAGAAGGAGCAGCUAAUUGCAGCCUACAGCAACCUCUUCGAGAGCAAGAGAUUUAAAGGCACAGACCCGCUGGAGAAGGUCACGGAGCAGGUCAAGGCUGUCAAGAUUGAAGAGAAGGAAAGUAAACCAGAGGAGGUCGUGGACGAGGGUCCUCCUAAAUACACCAAAUAUGUGCUGAAGAAGGGAGACAAGGAGAACUUCCCAAAGAAGGGCGAGGCUGUGGGCUGCUGGUACGUCGGCACCCUGGAGGACGGGACUGUCUUUGACUCUAAUGUGACCACAUCAGCCAAGAAGAAAAAGCAGUCCAGGCCUUUCUCCUUCAAGGUUGGUCUUGGAAGAGUUAUAAGAGGGUGGGACGAGGCUGUGCUGACCAUGAGUAAAGGAGAGAAAGCCCGCUUGGAGAUCCAGUCCGAAUGGGCCUACGGGAGGAAGGGGCUGCCCGAUGCCAAAAUCCCGCCGAAUGCCAAUCUUAUUUUUGAAGUGGAGUUGGUUUCUAUCGAUUGAUAAAGGAAGCCUUGUGGUUAUACGAAGCCUGGAGUGCAGCCGUGUUUCGUGAAGACCCUGUUCCUGCGUUUCAUGAGGGGGCCUGUAAUGAAAGCGCUGGAUCCGGGCUGGGUUACAGCAUUGUUGUGUGUGGAAGUGCAGGCAUCAAACCUGUGGUUCUGUUUGUUUUUGUUACUGAUUAUUUGCACUGCAAUAAAUAAACUGCUUUGAUGAAACGAG